AAUAACUUCAACUGUCAAACUAUCUCAUUGAAGAAAAGGAGACAAGAGUAAAAUAAAACGUUUAUUUUAUAUUGUUUGGCAAAUUAGUUUUAUUUAAUGAUUUGCAACUUAAUUGUAGACGUUACAGCAACUCAAUUGGUAUAAAAAUAAAUUUGUUAAUAGUGUACAAAUAGAGAAAAUAACGAUAUGAAUCCUAUGUCGGUGGACAGGGAUGAGCCUUCAUCUUUGUCUUCAUUUUCCACAAAUCAUCCACUGGAACAGUUCGUGCUAUUAGCAAAGGGUGCCAAAGGUUUUGCAUGUGCUGAACUAAUAAAGCAAGUACUAGAAGCUCCGGGGGUGCAUGUUUUCGGCGAACUUCUAGAAAUGCCAAAUAUUAAAGAGUUGGAAACUGGACCCUAUGCAACACAUUAUAAGACAUUAAAUCUAUUUGCUUAUGGCACAUAUAAAGAGUACCUAGAGAACAAGGCUGAAUAUUUAGAACUCACUCCUGUACAAUGCAAGAAACUUCAACAUCUGACAAUAGCAACACUGGCAACACAGGAGAAAUGUAUCCCAUAUAGUGUGCUAUUAAAGGAAUUAGAUAUCAAAAAUGUUAGAGACUUGGAAGAUUUAAUUAUAGAAGCAAUUUAUGCAGAUAUAAUUCACGGUAAGCUGGAUCAGGAAUGCAAGCGUGUGGAGGUAGAUGUAGCACUAGGCAGGGACGCCAGGCUUGAGGAUGCAUCCGGUAUCGCAGAUGUGUUAGCCGACUGGUGCAACGCAUGUGAAGCGGUGCUCAGCUCCGUCGACAGACACAUACAGCGUGCCAACAAUCAUAAACAGAAAGCUCUCAGACAUCAACAGGGCAUUGAACAAGAGAUAUCGUACAUAAAGAAGACGUUGAAGACGCAGGCGGAGAGCGAGGAGGCGGGCGCGGGCGGCGGCAGCGACGCGCACUCCGCGCCCAAGAAGUCCUCCGGCAAGAGCAAGACGCCGCGCAACGCAUCCAAGUUCUGGCACAAGAACACAUAGCUCCUCCGAUGUACAUAACUUGUCAUAUGAUAAUUAAAAUAUAACUAUUUCUUGCUUAUUCAUUAUCCUAUUAUUUAUGUCUAAAAAUACAUCUUUUAUACAUGC